AUGCAAAUCCUAACAACUCCCAACACUCACACGUCUCGGACUCCGGGCUAUCGAAACAUGGCCCUCCAAGCCGGCGUCCUAUCUUCCCCCGGCGGCACAGGUGCAGCCUCCAAACCAGCACUCCUGUGCCUCCACGGCGGCGGCACAAACUCCACUAUCUUCAACAUCCAGACCAUCCGACUCCAGCGUGCGCUCUCCGCUUCCUUUGAAUUUGUUUUCAUUGAUGCUCCGUUUGAAGCCCCGCCCGGACCUGGAGUCAUGCCUGUCUUCGAGGGUUGCGGUCCAUUUUACCGCUGGACAAAACUCGGGUGUGAUGACAUGCCCGAUGAGACCAAAAAGCUUAUUGCCGAUGUCCUGGCGCGCAGAGAUAAGAAUUUCGUUGGCAUCAUCGGAUUCUCACAGGGCGCGAAGCUGGCAGCGGGGAUUUGUCUGGAGCAGCAGAUUCGAGCCAGCAAGACUGCUGACGUGAAGAGGUUGGGAUUGUUGAAAUUCGCCGUGUUUCUGAAUGGGACCAGUCCCCCUCUUACGUCGAUGCUAACGGCGGAGGAGAAGGGUGAGUUGAUCAGAAUUCCUAGCGUGCAUAUUGUCGGAUUGCAAGACCCGUGGAGAGAGGAGAGUGCUGCUCUGUUUGGAGAUUCGUUUGAUAAGAAGCAUUCGAAGAAGAUUGAGUUUGAUAUUGGGCACCGGCUGCCAACCGCUGAGAAGGAUACUGCCUUGAUCGUGGGCGAGAUCUCGAGAUUGUAUCGGGAGACUGCUGGAAGAACGCAGAGAUACUACUGA